CAGUGUCUGAGUCCCUCUCGGUGUAUGUGUGGUAACAACAUGUCUGUCCCUCUCCUCGCUGACGCCGUGACUGUCUCAGGGGCAGAGCGGGAGACUGCAGCGGUCAUUUUCCUACAUGGCCUUGGAGACACAGGGCACAGCUGGGCUGAUGCUCUCUCCUCCAUCCGCCUCCCCUACGUGAAAUACAUCUGCCCUCACGCGCCCCGGAUCCCAGUGACCCUCAACAUGAAGAUGGUGAUGCCCUCCUGGUUUGACCUGAUGGGAUUGACUCCUGAUGCACCUGAGGAUGAAGCUGGGAUCAAGAAAGCUGCAGAAAACAUUAAAGCAAUUAUUGAGCACGAGAUGAAGAAUGGGAUCCCUCCCAACCGCAUCAUCCUGGGAGGCUUCUCACAGGGCGGUGCCUUGUCGCUGUACACGGCUCUCACCUGCCAGCACCAGCUGGCUGGCAUCGUGGCACUCAGCUGCUGGCUCCCUCUGCACAAGGCCUUCCCACAGGCAGCGAACAACGGCGUGAACAAGGACAUUGCCAUCCUGCAGUGCCACGGGGAGAUGGAUCCCAUGAUCCCUGUGCGCUUCGGGGCACUCACUGCUGAGAAGCUGAAAUCUGUCGUCACCCCCACCAAGGUCCAGUUCAAAACCUACCCUGGAGUGAUGCACAGUUCCUGUCCUCAGGAGAUGAUGGCAGUGAAGGAGUUCAUCGAGAAGCUGCUGCCCCGGAUCUAAGCGGAGCCACUCGGGACUGUCGCAGGGAAGGAUGCCGAGGUCACAGCUCCAUCUUUCCCCCGUGACCUGUCUGCUGCAAACGGAAGCCAUGGCACCC